AUGUUAGGUGGCCUAUUUAGUCUUAACAUGGCUGGCAACGAUUAUCAAUGGGGUGACUUUUCCGCUAAAGAACUUGGACGCGCCGAAGCUGUUGUUUUUGCAAUUAACAGUAUCAACAGGAAUUCCACUCUUCUUCCAAACGUGUCCCUCGGUUACGAUAUAAGAAAUUAUUGCGACAGCAGUGCGGAGGCCAUGCAGAUAGCUUAUGACUUCAUGCGUGGUAGCGAUCCAGUAUGUAUGUAUAAAUCGAACUCCACAACGUCCGUAAAGAGUAGUUUCAAUAGGUGGCUGGGAUCCAAGCCCAUCUCAGCGCUUAUUGGUCCUUACAAUUCCGCCAGCGCAAUCCUGGUGGCAAGCCUUCUUCAGGUUUGUGACAUUCCCGCCAUUACGUCAACUGCAACUAGCACAGAGUUAAGUUCACAAUUUUACAAAGACUUUUUUAGGACAGCCCCUUCUGAUAGGUGGCUAGCAAAGGCCAUGGCAGACAUCAUAGACCUCUUUGAGUGGACAUACGUGGCGGCUGUGGGCUUAGAUGACUCUUAUGGACUUAAUGGGAUUUUGGCGCUGGAAAAAGAGUCGUACAGCAGAAGCACGUUCUGUAUUGCUUUUUAUGACUUAAUCCCACGCCUGGACCACCGCGAGAAGAUAGAGCAGACAAUUGCCAAACUUAAGAUGCACCCUAAAAUCGGAGUGAUCAUCGUUUGGCUUUAUGGCAAAUAUCUUGAAACAUUUUUUGUUGAGGCAAACAAAGUAGAAAUGCAAGGAAAGACCUUGAUACUAACAGACGGAAACAGCAUCGAAGAAACAUUUCUCCUGGAUCCCGGCUUCAAAUUGCUUGAAGGUUCUCUAACAAUAGUUGCAUACGACUAUCCUGUUCAGUCUUUUGAGGAGCAUCUUAAAAGGGUCACACCUGCAAAAAGUGAUGACGGUGGCGUGCAAUGGCGAGGAGAACUUUGGAGAUCACAAUUUAACUGUUCAAUUGCCAAAUCAAUUGAUUUAGGGAUUGCACCUUGCAAACCAAAUCUCACGUUUCACCUUGCGCUUUCUGAGUUACGAAGUUCCUUUGUAUCGUAUGUCAUCGAUGCUGUGUACGCCAUUGCACAUGCCUUGGAUAACAUUUACCGCUGUAUCGCUGAACAAGGUUUUCGGAAUGCAAGUAGGUGUCCUUCUAUCAAUCCGACCGUUAACGGAUAUGAUCUACAGAAAUACCUCAGAAACGUCAGUUUUGAUGGUCUAACUGGAAAAGUGCAAUUUGAUAAGUUUGGGGAUGCUUUGUCUGCAUCAUACAGCAUCUUAAACUUCCAACGUUCAUCAGCCACAGACAAAUAUCUCAGAAAGGUGCAGGUGGGGACUUGGGACAAGAACGCGAUUCCUAAACUCAGGCUAAAUACAUCACUUUUGCGAUGGAAAAGAUUCUCAAAUCCGGUAUCUUUCUGUUCAUCUGAAUGCUUACCAGGCACUAAAAAGGAAAUGACUUUGCCAUGUUGUUGGGACUGCAUUAGGUGUCCACAAGGAACUAUCAGCGCCAAGAACGGAUCCGACAACUGCACAAAGUGUGAAUCAGAUGCAAAGCCAAACGAGGAGCGCACACUGUGUGAAAAAUUACCAGUCGUCAACAUCAAGCUCACAACCACCGUUGGAAUCAUCCUAGCGGUGAUUUCUUCCAUCGGAUUUGUUUUCACAUUGUUAGUUUGCGGCAGCUACAUGAAGUUUUAUAGCACCCCAGUUGUGAAGGCUUCUAACAGAGAGAUCUCUUGUCUGUUGCUGUGUGGAAUUUCAUUCCUCUUUAUUCUUGCGGUUCUUGAACUUUUGGAACCCAGAAAUUCUCUUUGUAGUGCCAAAACCUUCUGGCGCUAUUUUUCUCUCAAUCUUUGUGUCACAGUUCUGUUUCUGAAAACGAUGCGAAUAACAAGCGUGUUUGAGGUUGAUAAAGUGGCGCAGUUGUUUGCACCGUGUUGCAAAACCUUUACAAGGCAACUCAUUUUUCUUUCAGUCAUGAAUCUAGCUUCCAUUUCUUUACCUGCCCUGUGGAUCUUUUUCGAUCCCCCAAGCCGUAAAAAUAUCAUCCGCUUCGAAGAGUACGUCUUUCUUGUGUGCAAACCAUUUGAGACCAACAUCGGGCUCGCCCUGUUCGUCGCAGUCUGCGCUUACACGUUAACUGUAGCCCUCUUGUGUACGUAUUACGCUUUCAAAGGAAGAAACAUUCCAGAAAACUUCAACGAGACAAAAUACAUAGCAUUUUCUAUGUACAUUCUCCUACUUUCAUCAAUAGCAUAUUACCCAGUGGUGUUAACGUUUGAGAGCCGGUACGUAACACUGGUGUCUUGCUUUACCACAUUAGUAACAUCGUUUGGUUUGUUGGGUUGCUUGUUCGGGCGCAAAUUUUACGUUCUUCAUUUCCGUCCCCAGCAAAACACCGUGAAUUACGUCAGAUCGCAGGUGUCGAACUUCUCGUUUAACAUCGUAUCCGGAGCUAAGGCCUCAGAGGUUUAAUUCCACUAAACCCCAUGAGUUGUCAAGAACACAUAAUUAAAGAAAACAGUGCUUUUUGAAUUGUCCAACAAAAUACCUAAAAACGGACAAAACGGGAUUCCUUAUCAAGGGUUUCUCGAGAAAUAUUUGUUGUGACGUUUGUUGUAAUCAUUUGUCAAUGCAGCCGGGAGGCAACGCUUCCCGUUUCCUUUUGCACGAGUAGAUAUUGUACUGAUGCAAAACGUGAGAAAUAUUUUUUUUGCAGAUAGUGUAUUUUGAGAUUAGUGCAGGAAAAAAUAUCGAUAACUAUUUAGGUUUCCCUUUAUAUUAAUCAGAUUGUUCUUUUUUUUUUGGAGAGGAUAAAUAGGAUGCUGAUAAUUUCUUCCUGUUGUGUGCACUUGUCUUGAGAAAAAAGUUGGCUUUCAAAUUCAAAAUUUUUGAUAGUAUGUUUUGUUAAUAACACAUUAUAACCACUUACCUCUGUUGACGUCCUCCUCGUAUAUAUCUAAUUUUGGUUAUGGUAAAUUCAAUUCAUAAUAAUAUAUUGCUUGCCAAUACCUCUUAUUAUGCUCGAAGAUUCUAUUUAAAGUUUAGGUUUUGCGGGUGACGGAAAGCUUGCCUUUUCCCAUUUGAAGUAGAGUAGGGUAUUCAAAAUGUGAGAAACGUUUAUUUACGUAUUUAUCCAUUAUUUACUCGUUAACACAACAACAAAUUUUAAGGUAAAUUUAAACUAAAGAAAAAUCUGGUCCAGACCCCGUCAAAAAGUCGGGGACAGUUAACUGCUAAAUUUAUAAAUAAAAAAAACUGGCGUUUUCAGAGGGCUAUAGGCACCUGUGGCACUGUGAAAACUCCAGUGUUUCUUUAUAACAUUUAGCAGUACCUGUACCACUUUUUCUGAUGGUUGUGGAUCCAUUUUGCUGUCGUGUAAAUGGCCCUUAAAUAUCUUCUCUUCGCAAUGAUAGCUUUUGUAAGCUAAUCGACACUGGAAAAGAAAAAAAGAGAAAAGAAAACAAAAUUUUUAAGCGUUACAAGGAGAUACAAAAUAUUUAAAAAUAAUUGACAGAUGUACAUUACCGGCAAGUUUCUUAAUUUAUCUAAAAAGUGGAUGUAUAAACCUAAAUUAAUCCUACAAUUUUAGAAAAGAAGAAUAGGCUCAUUUUAGGAAGCCUUUGUGUAAAAGAGGGUUCAAAUUCAUCCAGAAAGGAAAUACUAUUCCACUUUAUAUUCUUACACCGAAUCUAUAAAAUGUGUUUUUUCCAAAAAUUAUUUCCCCAAGUCUUUGAAACCUAGUAGUCUUUUCUGUCCUAUCGGAGACGCCAUGCAUAAUAAAACAGAUUGAUUUAAAGAUUAAAAAUCCAGUGGGACGAUAUGGAUGGUGCGCAGUGGGCAUGCAUUCAACUAAUAUAGGAGGGCUUUUUUGUAUAAUUUUAAUUAUCCGGUUCCCCAAGAUGUAUUAAUAGAGCAACUUGGCCCCACAUAGCAAUAUCAUAAUCUAUAUACGCGGCGGGAUCAAAGAUCGAUGUAUGUCCAUAGAAAUAGUGCCAGGAAGACGUAAUGUCUUAAAUUUUGCAAGAAUUCCAAGAGAUCAUGCUGCUGAUCUCUAAUGCUUCACGGGGUGAUGCUUCCAAGUGAGCUUUGGGUCAAAAAGAAUGAAAAGGUACUUAUCAUAGUCUUUCCUUUGUAAGGAAAUGAAGGAAUUUACAUCAUCGCGUCUUAAGGUUUUAUGUUUACAAUGAAAUCAAUUUGUUUUUAAUUAGUUACAAUCAAAUAGUCAUAAAAUUUGAUUUUGGAGAUUUAAUUGUUUCCCAUCAGCCAAGACGUGCAUAACCACUAUAUAUACUGAUCUACAGUGUAAAAGGCCUUUUUUUAAAUCGUUAAAUACGCAACAGGACUAUAUUAAUCUCUUAUCAAUAUCAUGACUUAUGUGUUAUUGACAAUGUUAUUAAAGUUGUGUUGGGUGGAACAGGCCCUUAAACUUUAAAGCCAUAUUGAGACUGAGAGAUUAUAUAACGUGUUCAUCAAUAAAAGAAUAAAUGAUAGACAAAGUGAACUUGGUCUGCAGUUAUUCGGGUUAUUAUAUUUAAAUACUGGUAUUACUUUUACCACCUAAAACUUUGAAGGAUCGGUGGCUUUCUGGGUUGGCCUUUCUAAUUAAUAUACUUAAGGGUAACCUUUAGGAUUCGAUCAGGGCCGGCAAUAUAGCCCUAGGGCUUUAUUUGAAGAGAGAGAAUUUAUUUAAACUUCACAUGGUAAAGUACCGUUUAUAGGGCCCGUUUAUGUGGAGGAAAGUUGCUCUGGGAAAGACCGUCACCCUCCCAGAAAGUUCAACUUUACCUAGCGUAUAUAUGAGCAAAAUUGUGACCUUUUGCCCGAGACAAGAGCUAACAUCAGCACUCGCGCAUUCCCUGAUGAACUUGCAUUGGCUCGACUGAAUUGACGAUCCGGCUGGCCAUACAUGAGCCACAACAGUUUUAUGAGGAGAAAAGGCGGGUCUUCCUCAUAGCUGAGCCAACUUCUUGGUUCUCAUUUAAACGGUUGGCCUAGUUUUGUAACGAAAUGUAUGAAAAGUUGGCUCGCCAUGGCAGCUUGCAGUAUUGUAAGUGCUGAUAGAAAUCCAAAAAAACUAAAAUAUUUGCUACAAUAUGAAAAUUUACGUUUUCCCUUUUGAAGUAGUCAACAUAGUUAUACAAAAAUUGAGAUAUGACGUUCAGGACAAAAAUGCCCAAACUAAUUUUGUCGCCAGUUGUUUAUUCUAAGAUCUACGUCAUGUUGCUUUUAUUGGAACAGGAAAAACACCCGUAAGGGGUAAUGCUCACUAUAUUCGUAGUUCGUUUUAGGGAAAAUAAAUGUGAUGUUGAUCAUUUCUUGUGGUUGUAUUUUACUUUUUGAGAGUUAAUUGGUUUUUCAACUCAAAAAUAGUCGAUAGUGUUUCUCGUGAGUAACCGCAGCUUCGUCAUCUGUUUUUUUCCAAGUUCGUUGUUAGAGGAACGGUGUGAUCCAGUUGACAGAAUCGAUCGCUGUGUGCUGAAGAAUUUUCUGGAGGAAUGUCCUGAAAUCUUCUGCGGAACAAAGGUAAAUAUCACCGCUACUACUGUGUUGCAGUAGAUUAUUUUACCAUAUGGUUUUAAGGCCACCUGCUAAACGAGAACAUGCAAACAAUUCGUCCAACAUUGUAUCUGUUAUACACAACAUUCUCUCCGUACAAAACCCUUGACUGACAAGCACCAAUGCCUUUAAAUACUACCAUCCUACUAACAGAAAUACAACGACCCAUUUAACCUACUAUUAAUUUUAAGUCGCAUCUGCUCCAUUGAUGAUUUCUUAUAGCCAAAUUCGUUGUAUGGCGCUGCGUGUGAAUGGGUUUUUUCUUUUCCGUCAAUCAUUUGAGUUGGGUUGCUCCUAAUGCAAAUCACAAUUCAACGUUCUCGCCCAGCUUGGCGCGCAGAAAGAAAAUUGAGAAUGACCCUAAACUGCUCAAGAAUAACGAAGGAAAACGCGAUGAUGAGUAGAAUUUUUGUUGAGGGAACGAGGUAGAUAUUGCUUUAUUCUUGUAAGAGACAAGAAUAAGAAAGAUCAUAAAAUUAGUUUCGAAGAAAACUAGUCGAUCAUUGCCUAAAACUGUGCGAAACACGGCGAUCACAAGCAGCGAACCUUGAAACACAGAAACAAACAAAGGUCCGCUAAGAUGAUUGACGGAACAGAAAAACACAAAAUUCCUUCAAAGUCUGCAAACUCGCAGCGCGAUACAACGAAUUUAGCUAUAAUAACCGCUGCCACGAAGUUAUAGACUUUCUGGAAUAAAAAGAGGAAUCAACAGUCGCCGCUUUCUAAAAUUUAGCUACUGCGUAAGCGACAUCCAACGUAAACUCUUAAACGCCCACGAACACAGCGGAACACCUCAGACAGAGCACAUUUGUCAUCCCAUGUCCAACUCCAGCUUGGUCUGCUUGUGCAGGGAAGACGCAGGAAGAGGAGCCAGGGUGCUUCCCCCUUACGUUUUGUGCUAGUGUGGCCGAGCGGUUUAAGCGUUGGACUUGUAGUACAAUACAAAACACUUUAUUACGACUCCUCUUCACGGGGCUACUUUGUUGUAAUAUAGAAUAAUAACAAAUAUAGAAUAAUAACAAAUAUGUUGUUCGGGGACCCCGACUUCAAGUCCUUUCCUGACCGCUAGCUGGAUUAGUUCUCGGCAGUCCCUAGUUCAAAUCCACGACCACAACCGGUUUGCCUCACUAUUAUUAUUAUUAUUAUUAUUAUUAUUAUUAUUACUAUUAUUAUUAUUAUUAUUAUUAUUAUUAUCAAUUCAUUGUUAUUAUCAUUAUUAUUUUCAGAAAGAUAUAAUAUUUCCUUAAGUUGUUCAGUUUCACCAGAUACCUUUUCUCUAUUCUAGAUUUAAUAAAUGUAAUAGAGAAGAAUUACAAAUGUAUUAAGCAGAGGUUACUUUUCCUCGAAAUGAACUGGCGUACAUGCACUACCACUGCUCGUUGAGAAUUGGCUGAGCAUAAAAAAAAAAACCGAAAUUUAUUUUUCAUCCGGAGCUCAGAUGUUAACGAUGUUUAAAUACAUUACGAAAGUAAGGAAAAUCCUUUUUUUUUGGCAUUCAUUCUUCUAUCAGCUUUAUUUUUAGUUCAAUGCGGACAUAACGAUCAAGGUAGCAAUAUCGUGUAACCAUUCUCUCGUGAGUGGUACUACUAGUCAAAGAUUAAUACAAGUAUUAGAAAAGAAUAACAAUUGUAGGUGAGUAGAGGUUACUUUUCCUCUAAUUGACUGGCGUACAUGUACCACUGCUGGCAGAGGUAUUUAGCUAAACAUAAAAAGCACUUAAAAAAAACUCAUAAAGAAAAAACAAAGUAAAUUAAUGUUUAAUGAGUGUAUUUGUAUCAGAUUUUUAACACCAAAAUAACCCCAAAUCUAAAUAUAUUAGUGUAAGAAUGAGUUAAUCUAUAUCAGGGAUUUUGAUGCCGUUCAAAAAACUCGCGGUAGGGUAUUAUCAGGUUUUUGACUCUUGCUCGUUUUUCAAACAGUAAGAAAUUCAUUAUUAUUUUUUUUCUGACAUAGAUAUAUGUUAAAGAUAUUUUAAUACAUUGCAAUCAGCUUUUGAAUUAAGUUGCCAACGUACGAAGCAAAGGAAAAUGUCCUUUCUUUGGCAUCCGUUCACAUCAGUUUUAUUUUUGGUUCAAUGAGGACAUAUGAUCAAGGUAGCAAUAUCAUGCAACCUUUGUCGCGUGAGUUUUGUAAGUAAAAUUGUUUUUCAUGAUAAGGUUGAUACCAAACUGAAGAUUAGGUAAUCCUCUGCAUCGAUCCUAGCUUACAGACAUCCAACCUGUAGUCACAUGAACCUGCAUAACCACAUAAUGGCUGUUGAAUUGUCUCAGACUGUUUCUUUUUGGGGAUAUAUCAUUUUGUUCUUUGCCAAACGAAAUCUGUUAUCUGCGUCGCAAACCUAAAACAAAGGGGCAUGGAAGCCUGUAGCACCACGACCUACCAUGGACCUCCUCGAUCCUGCUUUUCUAUACAAAGCAGCAGCCCCGCACAUGAAAUACUGUUGCGUGCGCGAUAUUGUUAGAGGAAUGUUCGAAAACUCUACACUCAACCGAAAACCACCAUAUGGCGUUCAAACAACUUGAUGACGUCCGUCUUGAAUCACUUCCGUUUUCAACUACCUCCCACCACAGAGAUUCUAAGUUAUCCUUAUCUAUUUUUAAUGUUUUCAAUCCGAAUUGUUUAGACAAGAUAAUUAAAAAGUCGUCAACAAAUUAAAUUUCGCCUAGUGUAUAUUUUUUUAUACAUCGCUACAGGACAAGACCGUGGCAAUCUGAACCAUUUGAUGAAAAAUUACUUAACUCAGCCACUGAUGAAGCAAUUAUUCAGUCCGAAAGUCACAAAGGUAAACGUUUGUGACGUUUUCUUCCAUUUUCUGGCAUAACAACUUAGUGUUGAAGGUAUGAACGAAAUUAACUCACGAUUUACACAUGGUCUUGCGGUCUUCUAAGGUAAGCCAAGCCUGAGAUUAUAAAAUCCAACCACGUGCGUUAAUUGAAACAGCUUUCCCUAUAUGAAGAGCUUUUGUUUGUAAUCGAGUGGACUCUAUAAGUUGUUGGCGUUUAUUUGUUACACUCAUUGCGUUCCUUUGAUUGUGUUAAGAACAAACAAGGGUACAAUUCCUAAAAGUCAACUCUAAGAUUACUCACAAAGCAAUAAAGAUGACCAGAUAAAUGAGGUGAGAAUUUUAAAAAGUUCUAGCGAAUUUCCGGCCUUGGGUCAAAUCAAGAGAGGAUAAUGGGGACAGAGAAGGCAUCCCCCAUACACACCCUAUUUGAUAGGUAAUUCGUCUCGAGUUAUUUUUAAGACCACAGAUCCCAAGGGGGAUUAGACAACAGCCAAUCACAUAGCGCGAAUGUGUUCCGCGUGGAUGACCCACGCUCAGAGCCACGCGUUCUUCACGAACUGACGCAGAACACACUGGCGGAAGACACGGAGAGCGAUAUUGCUAUUCGUUUUGUCGACGAAAACGACUACAGAGAGAUUUCUGCUAAAGCUGUGUCAGCGGAACGGAAACUCAAAAAGAAUCGCCCUUCUUCUCUUGUAUAGAGCUAACAGUACGGCAGGGAAAUCCUUAACACACUGAAUAUUCUCUCAGGAUCAUUUAUAAUCUACAGUUUGAAGAGAGCAAUUUCUGGUUUGAUAUUUGUUCUUUUAUUAGUCUUUUAUUAUUCAACAAAAAUAACACUUGGCGUACCACUUGCUUUAUUGAACAAACGACCAGUUUCAUUAGACCGGCGAAAUUUCUCAUUUUAUUAAAGCACUGAGGUUACGACAACUUCGAGUUAAACUGAUUUCACGGGUUGUUAAAGAGUCCAACGAUUCCCUUUUCCCCGGUGAGCGCCGUCUCAUUUCGCUUAAAUAUUCAGGAAUGCUCUCGAUCUCUUUACGCUUUCAUUGCCUUUCUCCUGACAUGUUUUGCACGGCGUUUAUUCGUGCGAACCUCCACGAAACAUCCACGCUGCGCGCGAGGUAACUUAAUCGCGAUUCUAAAAAUAACUCGAGACGAAUUACCUAUGAAAUAGGGUGUGUAUGAGGGAUUCCUUCUCUAUCCCCUUUAUCCUCUCUUGGUCAAAUUCAUUCACAGUUUCUUCCGGCAGCAAUUGUGAGUAAAUGUUCUGAAAGGGAAUUCCAGGGUGAUUCACAUUUGAUAUCGUAUCUUAAUCUAAGUAGGUUUAAAUUGCAGUAAGCCCGUGAUGCUGCCUUAUAUCCUUGAAUUCCUCCAAAUUUUAUGACAGCAAAUAGUCAAAAUAGGACACAUUGUCAAUGCAUUGACAGAAAAGUAGUAUACAUAAGAUCCCAAUAAAGGAGGUGUGUUGAAGCCACAAAUGUAAUCACUUGACCACAAAUGUAAUAAAGCCCUCAAAUGUAAUAAAAAUUGACCUCAAAUGUAAUAAAACCGUCAAAUACUAUCCAAACCAUAUAUAUACUCGAAAAAGUGUCACCCUUAAUUUAAAUUUAAGAAGGAGAAUUCAAACGCCAGAAAGCUCAAAAACAAGCACCGUAGCGCUCUUUCGAAAAAAUUCCAUUGAAUUUAAUCCAAUAUCCUCACACGUGAAAGAUAAAAAAGUAUCUUCACUGUGCGCGAUGAGGAUAUGAUUUUUUAGUAAAAGGAAAAAUCCUGGUAUUUCAUCAGUAGCUAUAUAACAAUUAUUUAUUUUCAUCACUAAUCUAAAUACCAUACUCUUUAGAAGAAAUGAAAGUUAAAAAAAAAACGAGGUUUAAACUCAUAACAAUAUGCUCCAAGCCUACAUCAGCAAUGGUAAUGAACAUCUUAAAAGGUUUAAUUUGAUAAACAAAAAUUAAUAAGCCCUGCCGUAUUGCUGGGAAAUGCAGCACUCUCGCUUGAUUGGGUUGAAUGUAGGAGAAAAAUAUGUUUAUUCGAAAGAGUGCCGAGGCGUAUAUUUAUUCAGUCUUCUUCCUCUCAUGUGCGACUCUUACUCGGAGGGCCAUGUUGAUUAAAUGCAGUAAAAAUUGUAUUUGACGAAAGAGCGCCGCGGCGCCUUUUUGUUUUUGAUGCCAAGGCUAUUCAGGUUGACGCUCUUUCGAUUAAUUGCGAUAGGAUAUUGUGUUUUUCGAAAGAGCGCCAAGGCGCUUAUUUUUGUUCGACUUAUAUUGAGGGCGGCGUUCUGUCGAGGAUAUACGACUUGAAUAGCAUUUGCCGGGUUACAUUUGCGGUCAAUUUGUAUUACAUUUGAGUGCAUUAUUACAUUUGUGCUAAAUUUUUAUUACAUUUGUGGGGGUUAUUACGUCAAUUUUUACAUUUGUGGCUUCAAGGUGAAAACCAACGUUGCUCUAUUUUCUAGUGAGUUUGGUUUCGUACUUGUAAGAAACUCUUGGCACUAUGUUCCGCGUUCGACCUAACGUCAAAUCCUUCUAAGAAGGACCCCUGUGGGUUGACGUUCUUAAAAAAACAGUUAUAAGUGAACGAUUUUGAACAAGUUUUAAAAGAUGAGAUGGCCAGUUGUGUAGUAAAGAAUCUAAACGUGCCACUUGCCCGACUGAUUGAUACUUCUAGCAAACUGACAACUUUGGAGGUUCAUUCCUGUUGAAACUUCCUUUACCAAUUUGAAAUUAAUUUACACUGAAUUAACAAAAGAGAUCUGGAAAUUACAAAACCAUUCUUGUAAAAAAUCUCUUUGUGUUCAAAUCUUUUUCGCAGAGGUUCUCGUAGUAAUGUGUACUUUGAAUAGAAAAAUAAAAAAGAAUUAGGUUAUGGGCUCUUUCCUCUGCAGAGGCCUCUUUGUGUCUUAGGGGUGUUAGGGAGAAGGUAAAAAUAAAGCGCAGCGCAGGGAGGGAGAUCGGAAGGACAAACAGACAACGAAAGGCCUUCCCCUUUUUAAAAUUAUUUCUCUUUUUAGUAUAACAGAAACAGGUAAAUAAGAGCAAAAAAGGCGACGUUUUGAUGUCAUCGUAACGCCUUUACUAUGUAAACUAUAUAGAACAUAAAUCAUUCAAAUGUAUUUAAAGAGUUUCGAGCCUAGAAUAAUUAGCAUGCUAACAAAGGUAAAUUCCUUAAACAAAUACUUUAGCAUGCACGAGUCAAUUUUCUAGUUCAAGGACGGUGUAUGAUUGCGAAUAAAAAAUAUCUAUUUAAUGAGACAGUCGAAUUUUAUGUUGCGUUUUCCAAGCACGUGGAACUUGUCACGAAGGCACAUAAGUUUGGUGUUGCUGCAUCGUGUUCAUUUACAAAGUGUUUGUAAAUGGGUGACGAUUUCUGUCUGCGACCAUCAAACGUGUUCAUGCAGGUGGCACCGAUUGUAUCCCAUAAUUGUAUCUUGCAUCACACAGGUUACAUUGAAGCAUAAACAGCACAUUAGUAGGCUUGAUUUCUUGCACAUUAAAGUCUUCAUUUAAUUUGUUGCUGAUGAACAUCGGUUGGAUCACGUUUUUAGCCUUUAAGCCAACUGUUAAGACGGUAUUUGACGAAAAAGUUAUUUUAAAGUGCGAGAAAUAAGGCCCCCAGUUGUGUUGCUUAGAAGUUUUAAUGUAACCAGUGUAGUGCAGGAUACACGUUGAAGCGCUACCUGCAUUAAUGCGUUCGUGUUUAAGUCCUUGUUUAGGGGAAAUUAACUUUGUUGAUAUGCUAAUUAUUGGAGACUCGAAACUAAGUUGAAUGUAUUCGAAUUAUUUGUCACUUUAUUUAUAGUCUUUACACUGCCCUUACAAUGACACCGAAAAGUCGACUCCUACAUCUUACUCUCGUUUUUUUCUUGUUUCUUUUUCACUUUUGAUCAUUUUUAUUUUCAUUGGAAUACCCAGUAGCCCAGCCUCUGCGCGAAAAUAGAGUUAUGGCACCUUAAUACAAUUUUUCUCAAUACAUAUUUGACCGUAGUUGGGUUCUUAAUUGCGGACAAGGUUCUUCCUUGAAACUGUUGGCAGGAUUAAAUUUAUUUCGAUGAUUCUUUCAGGGCGAACCGCACAAAAAAAAAUGACGUGGUCGAAAAAGGAAGUGCUGUGGUGCAUCUUGAGACCUUCACUCCUUAUAAUGCUGUUUCUUCAACAAACAACUUCUAAUCAUGACUGCAAAACCUAUAAAGAUGGCGACGUAGUAAUUGGUGGUAUGCUCAAUAUCCACUAUUCUGAAACUGGUGAUCAAUGUAACAGGCUUUCUACAAUAGGACUAGGAAACGCAGAGGCUAUAAUCUACGCCAUUGAGAGAAUUAACAAGGACUCCACUCUUCUACCGAACGUAACAAUCGGCUACGACUUAAGAGACUGUUGUCGAAGCCAUGCAUUGGCCAUGAAGAUAGCCUAUGACUUGAUGCGUGAGGGUGAUCCAGUGUGCAUGUCUAAUCAAAAAGACAGCCUAUCACCCAAUGACUACGUCACAAACAACAGACCCAAGUCCAUCUCAGCACUUGUUGGUCCUUUCAGUUCUGGAAUUGCGGUGCUAGUAGGAAGUCUUCUUCAGGUUUCCGACAUUCCUGCUAUCAGCCCGAGUGCAACAAGCGUGGAGUUGAGUUCACAAAUGUAUAAAGAUUUUUUUAGAAUAGUUCCACCAGACAACUGGCAAGGAGAAGUUAUGGCAGACAUCAUAGAACGCUUUAACUGGACAUACGUGGCGGCUGUCGGUUUAGACGAUUCUUAUGGACGGAACGGUAUUUCGGCGCUCGAAAAAGAGUCCUACGACAGAAAAACCUUCUGCAUUGCUUUUUCCGAGUAUAUUCCGAGACUAGGCAGUGGGGAGAAAAUCAAGCAAAUUGUUCUCCAUAUUAAACGGAAGACUGAAAUCGCAGUGAUCAUCGUUUGGCUUUCUGGUGGUUACGGAAGAGCGUUUUUUGCAGAAGCAACAGCUCAAAAUCUUGAAGAAAAGACUUGGAUACUUAGCGACGCACUAACCGCUGGGGAAGCAGUAUUUCUUGAGUCUCACUUCACAAUACUUAACGGAUCUUUAGGAAUAAAGCCACGUGACCACCACGUUCCUGAUUUUGAAGAGCACCUUAAGAUGAUCACCCCCGCAAAAAGCGUUGAAAGAGGAACAGUUUGGUGGGAAGAGUUCUGGAGAUUACAAUUCAACUGUUCAGCCACGAAAUCCAACGAUUCUGGGAUCGCACCUUGCGAGACAAAUCUGACGUUACAUCAUGCCCUACCAAAGGUGCGCAGCCCCUUUGUAUCCUAUCUCAUAGACGCUGUUUAUGCUAUUGGACAUGCUCUGGAUAACAUUUACAGCUGUUCUCCUACUACACAUGGUGUUGGCAAGGGAGAUAAGUGUCCUUCGGUCGAGCAAACUGUCAAAGGAAGUUACCUAGAGAAAUAUAUCAGAAAUGUUAGUUUUGACGGCUGGACAGGAAAAGUGCAAUUUGACAAGUUUGGUGAUCCUUUAAGUGCUUCAUACGACAUCAUAAACUUCCAAUUUGACUCAACCACAAACGAGGCCCGUCAAAAUGUUUGGAUUGGAGGCUGGAACGAGAACGAUACACCCAAACUUAUGUUAAAUAUGUCCAGGUUACGAUGGAAAAAGUUGUCCACCCCGCUAUCGUUCUGUUCAUCAGAAUGUUUGCCUGGUACCAGGAGGGAAAUCACCUCGCCAUGUUGCUGGGACUGCAUAAAGUGUCCAAAGGGAACUGUCAGUACUGAGAACGGAUCCACCAAUUGCACAAAAUGUGACUCGGAGACAAAAUCAAACGAUAAGCAAAAUAAGUGUGAAAAAUUACCGAUCAUCAACAUCACGCACACAACCGCCUCUGGAAUCGCAAUAACCUUUAUAGCUUCGAUAGGAUUUAUUCUCACGUUGUUAGUUUUCGGUAUCUUCAUCAAUUUUUACAACACCCCGAUCGUGAAGGCUUCUAACAGAGAGAUCUCUUUUCUGUUGCUAUUUGGCAUCUCAGCUCUCUUUAUAUUAGCCGUCCUCGAACAUUCUGAGCCCAGCAAUUUACUUUGCAGUGCGGCAACUUUCUGGCGUUAUUUUGCUCUCAAUCUUUGUGUAACGGUCCUUUUCCUAAAAACGAUGCGGAUCACAAGCGUUUUUGAGGUUGACAAAGUGGCACAUUUGUCAAGACCCUGUUUUAAUACUUUAAAAAGACAAUUGAUCUUUAUUUCUGUUGUAAAUGCACUUCCAAUAUCCCUUCUAGUUCUGUGGAUGUCGGUCGAUCCUCCUGGGAGUGAAAAGAUCAUCCGUUUAGACCAGUACAUUUUUUUUGUGUGCAAACUUUAUUACGGAAACAUCGGCUUCGCGAUGUUCAUCACCGUUUCUUCUUACUUACUAACCGUGGCUCUCUUGUGUACUUAUUACGCUUUCAAAGCAAGGGGAAUUCCUGAAAACUUCAACGAGGCAAAAUACAUAGGAUUCUCCAUGUACAUUCUACUAUUGUCAUCAAUAGCAUAUUACCCUGUGGUGUUUUCUUUCGACAGCUGGUAUGUAACGCUGGUGUCUUGUUUAACGACUUUAGUAUCUGCGUUUGGUUUGUUGGGUUGCAUGUUUGGACCCAGAGUCUACAUUAUUCUUUUCCGUCCCCAGCAGAACACUGUGCAAUACGUCAGGUCCCAAGUGUCAAGUUUCUCGUUUGAAAGUGUGUCAGAAACAAGAGCUUCUCCCAAGCUCAGUAAUGCUGGAGUGACUAAUACCGCUAAGGAACCAGCAAACACAGGGGCUCCUGAAAGCAAGCUCUGUCUGUCACUGCUUUCAGUAAACGUGUCUACGAGAAUCUUCCAAAUUCAAAACCGUAAAGGAAACUAAGUGUCCAAUGUUCGACCAAUGUAUUUUGUUCCCGAAUAACAGCUUUGUAAAAGCCCAUUUCACGUCUACCAAAGCCCACCGAAGCCUCUUGCAGAUACCGUCAUUGAUUUUAAUCGGAAAUGUAUCGCGCAGUAAUAUUAAAAAAGUCUUCACACCAAGUAGGAAGAGUAUUGCCUUAAGUCUUGACUUUAUUGUCGAGCCUAUAACUGUCAGCUAUUAACGGCUGCAAAUAUUGAGGUCUCAACCAUCUACCGUCGACUAUCAUAGAUUAUAAGCCAUCAAAGAUCAAAAAUGUACUUAAUGGGGUUGUCUGUCUUCUCCGGAAUACAGCUUAAGGAAUCCAGAAUCCCACCAAAGACUGGGGUCCGAAAUCCAAGUUUAAAUGACUCCUGUUAUGGUUCCUACAGUGGUCGCAAAACAUGAAAUAUAUCCAUUACGUACUGUUAAGCGAAGAAGUUGUCUAGUUCCUAAUUUGUUAUUUUACAACGCGAAUCUUCUUUAAUAAUGCGACUUGUUUUGAAGGUAAAAUACCUCUGUUAGUGAAAUCAGCAUUUUAAGACUUCAAUAAAGUUGCUAUUUAUAUAAACAGGAUUUCUUUACGUUCCUCUCUGUGUCAGGAAUAUCACAAGGAAUGGGCCUGAAAAACGCUGAAAUGGGAAAAGCACACUUCAGUGUCCUAAAGAUGAGGAAAGUCUGAAGAUUUUUAAAAGUGUCUUUUUUUUCACGCCAUUUUUACGAGAGGAUCAUAAGAAUGUUGUUUUUCCUCGUUGUGUGGUUAAAGACAUUUGUGUACAGCUUGCCAGAUACAUUCAAGACUCUUUCUGCCACUAUUGUUGAACAUUUCCGGAUCUUUUUUUGAGAGAUAAUAUAUAGCCAAGUCUGGGAAGGGAAGUCAAUUGAAAAACUUUUAAAAUCAUUGGUGAAUGAAGAAUCAUCAAAACUAUUUAGCCUUUCUAGAGAAAUAGAAAUUGGUAAACAAGAGUUUUGCUUCUUCAGACAUAUAUUUUACAUCAGAAAACUUUCCCCUCAUAAGUGAGGAUGGAGACAUAUAAAAUAGUCUAGAUUGAACAUUGUCAUUACUGGAAACUAAAUCCAGUAAAUCAAUCUUGUCAGUUCGUGUCCUUAAACUGCACCAUGAAUUCUUGGCGAAAGGUUCUUAGUCGCUCAAACAUUAGAGCGAACGUCUCUUCAGAAGAAUAGUGAUCCUACCAAGAAAGAUAAAAACAUGAAACCGUUUUACGUUAUUUCCUUCGUAUGGAUAGUGGGUCUGAAAAAUCAAAACGUUUUGGCUUAUUUCAACCCAUAAUGUGGAGAUAAAACUAGGUCCAAUUUCAUCAGACUCUCACACGCUGACAGAACGUCGCUUUUACAGACAAGUCGCUUUUAGGACGCCUUUUCCCACGUAAGUUUAAGCUCUGGUCCAUACCGUAUAAUCCCGGCUGUAAGCCCUUCUAUUUGUAAACACCAACUUUAUCCCAGUUGCAGGCCCUCCACAAAGCCCCCAUCAUCCCGGCUAUGGGCCAAUCUGUGUAUACCCUUAUUGCGUUCGUCAGCACGCAUCCUAAUUUGGUGCUCCUGUGGUACAAAGGCAGAAUAUUUCGAGUUAUCACGUGCGACUGCCGAUUAGCCGCCCCUAUUAAUUUUGUCAGGGGCAACUCGGCCGCAGGAAACUGGACUCCUUUGGACUCGUUUUCCUUUUUGUUAGUCUCGUUUUUGUGCAGAUGUCAUGCUAGUAGAAUAAGGCGAACGAGGGUCCAUAAUCAAUGAUUAUAACUAGUUAUAUGGGCGGUCCCGCGAACGAACAAGAUGAGGUGAAUAAUGUGUUCUGAUUGGUUACAGGAGCAAAAAAAGAAACAUUGAUAAUUUGCAAUGUACCAUGGGAUUCUUGUUGACGACCCUUUUCUGUUGUGUCCUUUGCCUGUUUCUUUUGGAAACGCGGUGGGGGGAAAGAGGGGUCUUUCAAAUUUAAAGGUGCAGUCGAUCUAAUCAAUCUAAAUAUAUUAGAUAAGCCUGUGAAAACCUUGUGACACAAGGGCGCAAAUGAUAUCACAGAGAGAUUUAUAAAAUCAUCAAAACUCCGACCUGAAGUUGAUGGCCCUUGUUAAUUCAAAUCUUACGUGUAGUAAAAGUUGUUGCCGCUGCCUUUCAUAUCAAAAACCUGGCCAGGAAUCAUGUAAAUUCCAGUUUUCUCCAGCGCCUGCCAACAGUAAAACUCGUCUGGUGGCAUUUCCUUGGCCUAAAUAACAAUGACCAUACAAACUGAACUCAGUAAAGUCAAAAAAUAUCUACACAUUACUUUUGUCCACCCCAAAUCCUGACUCCUCGCUCACCAAACAGACCACAUACAUACUUUCCUUUUAAGGGGAAUAUCUGCAUUUCAAAGAAUCACUCGAUGAGGCCUUUACUGGGAGCUGGUACUAGAUCGAUACGACAUAUGGAAUUUAGCAAUGCAAUAUGGAAAGUUGAGAAAGUGAAAUUUUAAUUUUCGCGGGACAUUAUCAACGGCCUGAAUAAGAUGGGAGCCUGUAGCGUCCUUUUCACUUUUUCUAACCGAAGAACGCCUUUUAUGAAAACUGACUCGGCGGGAAACGGGUUGGCAUUCGUCUUAUAUAAGGUACAUCCACAAGACUCUUGGCUUCUACAUCAGACGUUGUGGAUUCCGGAUUUUAUGCUGUAGAUCCCGGAUGGCAGGUACUGGAUUCGGUAUUCCUUGUCCAUGAAACGUGGAUUCCAGAUUUCGAUCGUAAGCGAGAUUCCUGGCUUCCCAUAUAGAGCAGGCCCCAGCUGUUAAAAAGGUGGAUAAAGUAAUCCACCGGAUAAAUCCCUAUCCAGUGGAUAGUGCAAUAGGCCCUUUGCAGCUAUUCAUUCACGUGGUAAAAACCGCCGUGCUGGAGAGCAAAAGUCGCACUUGGACAUGACAAACAAAGAAAAUUACCAUUUAAAAUUAUGUCUUUUGUUUGUCUUGUCCCAGUGCGGCUUUUGCUCUCCAGCGUGGCGGUUUUGUCCCUCGUGAAUGGCUAGCUGCAAAGGGCCUAUUGGUUUCGCUAAUACUUAUCCACUGGAUAGUGAUUUAUCCCGUGGAUAACGCUAUCCAUCUUAUGAACAACCGGGUCUGAAUUCCGAAUUUCAAACACCAGAACUGAUUCCGGAUCAGUCCACAAGAAACAAAUUCCCGGGUUCCGGAAUCCGGAUUACCGUACACUUAUGAUAUUCAUUACUGACAGUAUUCUGCAGUAUGGCACUAGAAAUCAGGGCCGGAAACAGGACAUGAUACCUUGGCUGCCUCGAUGGCUUUCUUUGGAAGUGUUAUCCUCGGAAACGCAUACAUUGCACCUGCCACCUCGUUACACUUAACAUUUUCCAUUGAGUUAAGAACCUCCGUUGUCAUCUUUGCUUUCUUCCUGUGCGAAUCCUUGAUGGAUGUUACUUCCUGUACAACGAGCUAAGCAAAAUAAUAAUAAUAAUAAUAAUAAUAAUAAUAAUAAUAAUAAUAAUAAUAAUAAUAAUAAUGCAUUAGGCAUAGAUAUGAAAAGAUUGGAGAUUCACGUUUAUUAUUUCCCUAGUACGUCGCACUUGAAGGUCAUUUUCUAUGCACUUAAGAAGACUGCCAAAUAUUUCGGGAAUAAGUCGGAAUUUUUUUGUUUUGGAGGCAAUGUCACAAUCUUUGGGUGACAAUACAAUACAAUACAAUUCAAUAAAAUGCAAAGCAAAGCAAUGCAAUGCAAUACAAUACAAAGCAAUACAAUACAAUAAUGUUAUAACCUUUAUUUAACGCGGUCAAAUGUGCUUCAGUAGCUAAAUAGCUACUUUACAGACAUGAAGGAAGAAGGUUUAAAUUCUUGCAAUUGAGAUAAAGCCUGAAACAUGUUAUAACCGUAGCGGCUUAUGAGACAUAUGUUUAAAAAUAAGAGCACAAAACAGGAAUGGCCUAAUUAUUCCAAUGGGAUUCAUGCAUAUAGUGUAAUAAAAAAACUAAAAGAAAUUAAUACAUUUUGGCGCGCAAAUAAUAGCGGUGCCCUGGGAAGAGGAACUCAUUCACUCGCCGCCAGUCCCUACGAAGGCCAAAGGAUCUGUAGUAAAUUGUGUUCUCUUUUAUGCUAUCUUGCACUUCGAAUUCUGUUUUACUUGGAAUAAUUUUAUCAAAAAAAAAUUCAGGAAAAAUUCAGGAACUAUCGACAUGAAAUAAGUUAUAAAUUGAAACUGUAAGGACACCUAGAGAAACUACAGCUCGUGUCCUACUUUGCUUCAAUGAUGCACGGACGCCGCGAAAUAAUCGUUGUAGGUGUCCAUCAAAUAAGGUCGAUUGAUAGUGGGCUGAUUAAAACAAGGAAGUUCAAGUUAACAAGAAGCAUAAUUCAGCAGCAAAUUUUUAUUUAUUUAGUGGGGGUAGAUACAUUUAGAGGUAAAAAAUGAUGACCAAGACAAUUAUUCAUGGUAAUUACUGAUUGAAGCUUUAAUAGUGAAAUAUUAUUUCUCAAAACAGAUGUGUGGAUAAUUUAUAAGAACGUAUAAAUCGAGGAAAGAUUAUUUUUCGCUGGAGUUACUUCCAACGCAGACGUCUUUUACAAGCCGAACUGAUAUUUUCCAAACAAAAACUAUUAAUAUACUUUUUCGCGUCAUCAGUUGGGACAUCCAGCAAAGCAUUUGCGAAAGGUUAGUUAUUUAAACAAAACGACACGGCUGAACAAAACUUGCCUGUACACAGACGUUGUUUUAUUUUUCUUUUCGUUCUUUUCGAAAACAUCGGCGAGCGAGAAAGAGCGCGGAGCGCGAGAAAGAAAAAUAAAAGAAUUUUCUCCUUCCCCACCCCUUAAACCCCUUCCACUGGCGGUCUCAGUAAAUCCCGCGCGGUUUAGUUUUUCAUCACGCCGGCUAGACGGACUUUGAAGAGAAAAUAGAGGGUCUGUGAACAGGCUAGAACAAAGCGAAACAUGUUAAAGGUUUUUACUGCGGUAUCAUGCGGUCAGUGAGCAUAAAUGUAUUGUUAAACAUACCAGUUAUAGAGCGAUAGAUAUAUUAAUCUUAAAGAAGUAAAUAUAAUUCCUACUUAGACCGCGGUUUAGGACAUUCAGUGGACCUUCAGAUCUUUUCAAGCGUAGUAGGGGAACCCAACGACUGUUUUCUGUUAGAAGAUUAAGCACAAUCAUUUUUUUCUGGAAAUUUCUAUCUAGAUAGCUCGAGAAACUGGGUUAAAAGUUCCAGAUGAAAUUCAUAUAAGUUAUUCGAAGUUUCAGUCUAUUAACUGUUCUAUAAUUUUCUGAACGUUUAGUCAUCACUUCGUAAAAAAGGCCGGACUUCUAAAAUUUUCGCCUUUGGAAACAGUAAAGGAGAGUGGUAUCGCAAAAUGGUGAGUUUCCAGUAAAAAAUUAAGAUUUAAAGCAUCAAAGAUUUUGGGACGCCCUAGGACGGACCAAACAGAUUAAAUGUUACAGAGCUUUCUAGAAAGCAUUUGCAAAGCUUUGAAAACAAUCUAAAAAGAUAUCCUAAAAUGGUUUUUGAAGAAUAUUGGAGAAAGCCGGCGAUGGGUAUAACAGAUAUCUAAUCUUUAAGAACCGAACAAACCUAAGUUCUAUACCUAGAUCACGUUUUAGCUAUAGGACAAUCGGAAGUGGCCACGAGAUGUUUCACAUGUUUCUGAUGUAAGUUGUUUCAAGUAGCGCGUGUUUCUCUCCUCCUCAAAGUGAUAAUUGACUUUCUUUUCGUCUGGUUUCCUCUGACCUCUCUAACAAACAUUGCAGUCAUUUCAUUAGAUCGGAUGCAUGCAACAAUCCGUCCCUUCAGGCAUCGCCUCGUCAAAAAGUGGGUAUACGGAGUAACAAUUGCUGGUGUCUGGGUUUUAGCUGCAAUGCCGGUAUCAACUGCCACUUUAAUACUUCAGCAAUAUGGGAAGGAAUGGUCGUAUCAUUUUUACUUAUGGCAGUCAUACUGUUGUUUGUGUCUAUUGGUUAUCUGUGUUUCUUACUCUCACAUUGUUGUUAAAUUUUUGUGUGGAGCGCAUCCUCAGCACCAUGGUGCAGCCAACAGACAAAGGAAACUAACAGUGACAUUAUUCAUAAUGACUAUCGCAUCCUUACUGAUGUGGCUACCAUAUGCGGUUUUUAUUUUUCUUUUAUUUCAAUCUAGUCUCAAGAAAUUCCUUUCUUUCCAGGAAUCAACGCGUUUGGAGUUUUCUUUAAAGAUUCUAUAUUUGAUGAACUCGCUUGUUAAUCUCAUCGUUUACACAAUCAGAAUUCCAGAGUUUAGGAAAGCUCUCCUGCUGUUAUUUAAAUGUCAACGAAGACAAAAUGCCCGAGAUAUUCCUCUUCAUGCGCUUUAAUGUACUUUGUUUAACACUUGGAAGCCAACUAAUGAUUUCGUCAUCUUCAUAAAAAAAAAAGUAGUUGAUUGUAUACUAUUAUUGCGGCCUUCAAAGUUCGAUAAAAAGGCUGGAAAUAAAAGUUGUGGUGCAAUUUUUUCCUUGGUUCAAAUGCUUUUUUCCUUUGUUUUAAACUCUGUCACAGUUUACCUGUUAUUUUAAGGGGCUGUGUCACGGCUGUUUGGUUCAUUGGCCGUAAUAUAGCCACUAAUAACGCGUCUUAAACCGCUAAGGAACGUAACGUUGGCAAAAAAACUUCCCCAUCUGUAAAUUCUAAAUUGGCUUGACAUAGAGAUUUACCUCUGCUUAGAAUUCGUUAUAAGAGGACAUAAAAUGACCUCUCUUUUCAGUGUCUUUUGUUCUUUAGAGUAACUAAAAGCCUCCUAAUUGUCAACGCCUCCAAUCUUGGAGUGGGUAAAUACUGCCGUUAAACCGUAUUAACCAUCUACUAUCGCGAAACUAUAGAUACGAGGAAUUGGUUUGGACCUUGUUAGGAACAAAAUGACAUAAAAUUGUUUACCUCUUCAGCCCAGAGUCUAGCCUGCGUCGCAGACGUAAUUUAACCCCGGUGAUGAUAAAUUUCAAUCUUUAAAUAAACUAACUAGCGGGCUGUAGAAUGAAGGUGAAUUUCUUGAACUCACCUAAAGCAAUUUUUGAAUUUGAAUUUCAUUUUACGGUAAGGCGUUAUUGCAUCUGUUUAUUUGCUGGCAAAGUACUCACACUAGUCUCUAACCUGCAAUUAUUGAUUAAUACUAUUUCAUCGUUAAUCAUAACUAUAACAAAAUUGUCAAAUCUGAUUGGCUAUCAACUGCCCUGAUUUCAGCCUUAAUUGGACAGUUUAAUAGGACAGUACGCGUCAUGCCUAAGUAAUUGGACAGUAAGCGCCAUCACGCGCGCGCUUAAAUGGCUUUUUUUUUUCACUGCUAGCAAAACAAAAUUUCGAAUUUCUUGUGUUUUGAUUUAAAAAUAGCCUAUUAUAUCCUAAAUUUUGUUGAAGUUAUGAUUAAUUGGUAACAGAACUUCGUGUCGUCCAAUUCGGUCUGUAAUCAUACUCGUGAUUAUAUUAAACAAAUAGGACUCCCGCUACGCGGUCGUCCGAUUUUGUUAAUCACUCGUAUGAUUACAGACCGAAUUGGACUCCACUCAGUCCUGUUACCACUACUUAUCAUUGGCUUAUAUCCUCACUUCUGUACGAGCUGGCAUUCUUCUGUUAUUGGAUGAUUGACGUCAAUCGUCCAAUAACACAGUUGAACCGCUUAAUGGAGGUUGGCCGCUCAAUAGAGGUUCGCCAUAAAUAAAAAUAAUCUUUAGGGGAAACAUCACUUCAAUUUAAAACACUUACGCAACGGGAGCAGUAUUACCGGUAACGGUCAUCACUUUCUAUCUUGGACUGUUCUUUCCUUAAUAAAGCCAAAAUAAGUGUAACAAGCGCUUGAUGGCCACUUAAUAGUGGUGACAACAAUCACGGUGAAAAGGUGGUCGCGGCCGCUAAAUAGAGGUUUCAUUUGUAAUUAUUUUCUUCCAUUGUGUCGGGACUUUGAUUACUGGCCGCUUAAAAGAGGGUGGCUGAUUAAUAGGUGGCUGCUUAAUGGAGGUUCAACUGUAGUAACUUUGGCAGAAUGUCACACAAGGACAGCGGCUCAGAGGCUCAGUUUUGGGAGUACUAAACUUAAAAAAAUAGCGGAGGAUUUCACAGCUAUGCUAAGAAAAUUGGCCCAAUCAUUUACUCAAAAAUAUACCCAGACUACACAAAAAUGACACAAGAAGGACGUGUGGAGGGAGUGUGGCCAAGCGAUUAAAGUGCUGAACUUGCAAUUCGAAGGGCCCAAGUUUAAGUCAAGCCCUAACUGCGGGCCGGAUUUGUUCUCGGGGGUCCGGAAUUCAAAUCUUCCGUCACGCUUGUAAAUAGCCAACUGGUUUGCCUCUGACCAGUUGGGAUUCGGUAACUAUGUUAUGUUUAUUUGAAUUAAUUGCUUGGCCCUACCAGCAGCCUGCCGAGAUCAAGGGAUUAUUAUUAUUAUUAUUAUUAUUAUUAUUAUUAUUAUUAUUAUUAUUUUACCUUCAACUAAAUUUUGAAAGAAAAGGCUAUAAGGAAAUUCAUCUAUAUCAUCUGUCGAGGAGAUGGCAAAAUGUUUGAUAAAAUUUCACGUAGGCGUGAGGAUGCUAUGUUGGAAAUGUACUCAUUCUAAACGAUAAAAAAUCAUUGAUAGUAUGAUAUGAAGUAUUAUGCAAAUCUUAGAGAGUGCGUGUCGUCCGCCUAAGCAUCUGCCUCCGAGCUCGAUCUGCAUAAUUCUAAAUAUCAUAAUCAGCCUCACUCAUUGAUAACUUGCUCAGAGCUGAAUAUCAGCAUUUGCUAAUGAGAGAAAAGAAAUUGAACAAGCAUUCGUCGAGUGAAACCUGAGCUCGUGUUUUUUUUUCUGUCACACCACUGUACUUCCUUUCAGUAAAAUUUAUUGUGGGCAACACGUUUUGUAUAUGGGCCUUUGUUCUCUUUGUAGCUGGAGAAAUGUUGACUCCCAGAGUAGUCUUGGACAUUUUUCUUUUAAAAAACUAUUUGUCAUCCACCAGCAAUAACUUGGCCAGGUGUUGUGUGCAAAAAUAACGUUUUCAUUAUUCACACCGACAAAAGAGAAACACUUUAUGGACUGCUGUAAACAAAAUUUGUGCAUCUUCAUUUCAAAUGGAAACAUUUCUCUCUUUUCGAAACUUGGCACGCAUUUUGUACCUUUUUCAUCGACUUUUCUUUGUCUUUGAUUGAAAGUUACUUCAUUUUAGUGAUCUUUUCCGUUCCUUUUACUUGGCGCUCAGUCCAUAACUCUACAGGAACUUCCAACAGAACAAUUGCAUGAUGACGUUUUUCAAGCUUUUUAGUGAAGCAAAGGCAUUAAGCAUUAUUCGAGUAUUCGCAAGUGAGUGGAAUUUCUUGGAAAAUUACUAUUUUUUCUCGGAUAACAAACUGAAACACCAGAAAAUAUAUUAAUAUUUCAACUCAAUACAGCCGUGUAGAGGUCACUUUUUGCGUUAUUCAUAGAACCCUUAACCUGUAUGCAUUGAUGUCAUACAGGUAUUGCUUAUACAUUAUCAUUAGCAUUAAACCUUCUUAAAACGUUCAGAAUUAAUAAAGAUGAGCUACUCUAUCCAUUAUAUGAUGAGCAUUAUUAUCCGAGCAUUUUAAGGACCCUUUACGGCGACAGAGCAUUAAUUUUUAUUAGUGAAAAUAGAGCAAUUUAAGGUGGAGUAUUUCAAUGGGAAACAAAAACACAGUUUACAAAAGCCUAUUAAUUGCUAGUACGAUCGUAAUUAUGAUUGACGGCAGAGAAAAUUGCAAUUGUGAGCUGGCUUUUAAAAUUCAGAGUUUGCGUGUCAUUAAAAAUCGCCUAAAAAUAGCCGAGAAAAUAGGCACCACGUUAAAAAACGGAGUUUAACAUUAGGGGAAGUUUAAUGUACUUAAAGUCAACUUGCAAUUAAGGAAAACAGAGCUGCAAAGUAUUAAAUGGACAACAGAAAAAAAAGUUAUCAGCAUUAUAAUCCACCGCUAUCUUGGGUCACGUGAUACCAAAUCGGAGGGCGGGUAUCAAGCAAUACACCCCUUUCGCGUCGAUAUUUGCCCAACGAUUUUUUAGUGACAAGAAUGCAUGACAAAGUCAAAAAUGUGAGUCUCCUUUCAGUUUUUAUCUUCUUUAAUAAUGCCAAAUGGAAGCAGUAAAGACAAACUUGUUUUUAUAAUCCAGUUACACUAACAUUUUGAGCUAGUCGCAACUGACAGUUCCGGAAAAUACAAAGGAAUCUAGGAAUAAAAUAAGCCUAUGCUUCGAAGAUGAGCAAACUUUACAAAUCAAUAUUAGAAUGAAUUGCUACAGAAACUUGAAUACACUCUUUUAGGCAGUCAUAGCUGUCAGCUAUGGAAAAGAAUACUACAAACAAAGUGUUUGAAAUAAACCAUUUUUGUGUUACAGCAUGGAGAAAAGAGAGAGAAAAGCGUAACGGGCAAUGAAAACGAUAAAUCGAUUAAGUCGUACAGUGCGCCACUGUCUACAGAGCAACAGUCUGAGUGAUUAUCAGGCGAUUUGUAACUCAAGUAAAUUCCGGUCAGUUUUCAACCUUUUCUUACAGCUGGGCCCCAUUAGUUCCUCUACAGUUAUUUUUCUAUGACUUCCUCAGCUUCCACUAUCAAGCACAGCAGCAACAAAGCUAGGUUUUGCCAACAGUCCACUAAUGUAAGCUUAAAUCCUUCAACUGCUCCAAUUCAUCAGAUUCUGUGUUUCAUAGUUGAAAUUACUUUUCUAGCCCUCACGGCGGCACUUAGUGAUAUGGUUGGAUUCUAUUUACUUGUCCAUUAGAAACGUGUCUUUUAAUUGUUUUCGAACAGUGUUGUCGCUAAAAUAUAAACUAAAGGCGCCGUGUUUUCGAGUUUUGAUAUAUGGAGCGUUGCGAGAGUUCAAGUUUGACAUGACAGCCUGUCAAGCCCUGGUCCAAUCACAGUUUAAAUAAAAAAUUAAACCAAUUAAUGAUCUUGUUUGCGUCAUGUGCACGCGUGCUCACCGCUUGUUUUUGUUCUCUCCCAAAAUGUUGGAGAUUUAAAAAAUUAAUGGCUUCUUGGGCAAAUGUUUAUUAUUCAAUCUCUCAAUCCAUUCAAUCUCUCCGCCGCAGGCAUUAUCCUUCGAUGCACCAGGCGCCGGAAGGGGCUUAUUUAGUAAAUAGACGUUUCUACAAUUUCGACAAAAGACUUUCUGAAUAAGGACCCUUUUAAUAUCAAAGAGAAAUUGCUAUGACGUCAUCAAUAAUGAUAUUUUACCAAACGACUAACAAGACUUACGAUUAAUUUGAAAUUCAAAUAAUAGUUCCUCUUACCUUAAUGACAAAGGAAGCCAAUUACUGACCUUAAAAAGAACGGUUUGAAUUGUUUCUAAAACAUUAGCUAGGGCCCCUUAAAACUCCAAGCUGUUAGUGGCGAGGAGAGAAUUCUCACACAGUAACGUCAAGGUAAGUAAUAUAUCAUUUUUGAUAUGUAACAUCACUAUGUUAAAUUCUGGAUUCUAAGUCUGGAUCCUUGUGAUAACCUUAGUACGGUAUUUUUUCACCUAAAUGGAUUGUUUUGACACCUUGACAGCAUUGCAAUUUUUUUCCCUCGGCUGGUUAUUUUGCCGUUUUUUAUACAUUAUCAGGAAACUGUUACUCAAAUUAAGCGCGCCGGCCCGAACUACUAGACAGUGAAGCCUUUUGUUAUCUACACAGCAGAAAUGGUCAACGGGAAUUGAUUUUUUAAUAGUGUAAGGUAUAAAGCAGCAAUGGUUCGCUAAAGGUGUACCCUAGGAAAAUAAAUGGGUUUGAAUUGAUGUUGACUCCAGAAAACCCAUGUAGUUGUCUUCUGUAAAAUGGUUAACUUGCUAAGAGAAUUAUUUUGGAGCUGAGGAACUUUCUAACCAUUGAUGUUGAGAGUAAAAAGAUCGCAUCUUUCCAAUAAUUUAAAAAUCAACAUGGAGAAUAACGCAAACCAGCUGAACACUGAGCUCCCAUAUUAUAGCUAUAUUAUGUUAACAAGUAAGAAUAUCUAUAUGUGAAAGGUUUGAACCCAGGAGUCAUUUCAAAAGUAGGUUGAGUUUGAUCGUCCGGGUGAACGUAGUCCUGAAUAGAGGACUGUUGUUGUUGUCAGUGACUGAGAUCAACAACCAGAAUAUAAUACCAUCAACUGACGUGAUACAACUCACUUUGACUCUGAAGAAAUAAGGAACAUAUAUUUUAGUGUGGCUCUUUCUUUGGUAGAAACAAAGAAAAACACACAAAUGUUUUCGAAAUCUCUUUGUUUUUUCUAUUUUGCCAACACUCUUCUUGUGCGCCCGUGUGCCCCUGUCUAUAUAACCAGGAAUUGAUCUACGUAAAUGACGACCGUAUAGCUAGCUCUGAGUGUGAUAUACCCAGCUGUGUUUCUCAAACAACUGGUACUUUAGCUACAAGAUACCGGUUUAACAGAGCAAUUACCAAAGUGCCAAAUGAUUAAUGGUAUCAAAUGGCAAAUGACUUCACGAGGUCAAAUUGCUCGGCCAAAUUUCAAAUGACCCCCUCGACGAAACCAUUGCUGAGCAUGAAGAAUAAAUUGAUUAGUUUAAUUUGAAAAGGCUUGUUGCAAAACAGAUGGCAACAAAUUGUUAUUUCGCUUCGCGUGACAGCGAAUAUGUUGCGUUUAAUACUAAAAUUGUAAAAAUGAAAAGCUAUGUCAUUAAUUAAUGUUUAAUAAACGAGCAGCAGUGUUUUAUGGUACCCCAAAGUCAACAGGUGCAGUAAAAAAGUAGUCUUUAAAAAAAAUUUCCUUGAAUGGCCGAAUGGUAGGUAAACAAAAAUCCAGUACUCGAGCCUUGCGUAAUCACGACUGGCAAGUCGAGAGUGCAACGCUUGGACACUGCUAUAGCCAAUUACCGCUGAGUCACUGAAUUUUUGGCUGAUUAAAUUGGUGAAAGAAAAAAGUUUAAUAGUAAAUAUACUGCGAGUGUUAUUUUGAAAGAACAUUAAUUUUAUUCACCCACCAUUCGUUGUGUCAGUUGUUGUGCUGAUGAUUAAUAUCCAUUAGUCAUUUGCAGUGACAUUUAAUACAUCUGAUAAAACACCGCAUACUAUUGAGGGGAAGUUUUAUCAGAUAUAAUGUCAGGCAUGCGACUACUAUCGACCACUUGAUGUUUCAAUGGCUUAUGAAUUAUUAAUGAGUUAUUGAAGACAAGAUUUGCCGCGAAAUUAACAGAGCCUUUUUUCCCUUUAUUCUGACUUGUGGACACAAAGCCGUUUUGAAACGGUUAGCAAGAUUAAAUCUAUAUUUCUAUUGUAAUUUUUUUCAGGUCAAACCACACACAGAAAAUGAGCUGGAAGAAAAAUGUAGUGAUUUCCUGCAUUUUAAGACCGCCACUCUUUAUAUUGCUGUUUCUUCAACAACUAACAACUUCUUACGAUGGGUAUAGAAUUUUUAAAGAUGGCGACGUGAUGGUCGGCGGUAUUCUCAAUGUUCACUACAGUAACUCGGAAACUGGUGAUCAAUGUAACAAGUUUUCUAGCAUAGGACUAGGAAACGCAGAGGCUGUGAUCUACGUCAUUGAGAGCAUCAACAAGAAUUCCACUCUUCUACCCAACGUGACAAUCGGUUACGACUUAAGAGACUGUUGUCGAAGCAAUGCAUUAGCUAUGGAAAUAGCCUAUGACUUCAUGCGUGAUAGUGAUCCAGUGUGCAUAUCUACCCAAGACGGCAGCACCUCUCCCAAUGGCUAUGUCACAAACAACAGAACCAAGACUAUCUCUGCGCUUCUUGGUCCUUUCCAUUCUGAAAGUGCGGUACUAGUAGGAGGCCUUCUUCAGGUUUCUGACAUUCCCGUCAUCAGCCCGAGUGCGACAAGCGAUGAGUUGAGUUCACAAAUGUAUAAAGACGUCUUCAGAACAGUUCCUCCCGACAACUUGCAAGCGGAGGUCAUGGCAGACAUCAUAGAACUCUUUAAUUGGACAUACGUGGCGCCCGUUGGCUUGGAUGAUUCUUAUGGCCAGAGCGGUAUUUCGUCCCUGGAAAAAGAAUCAUACAACCGGAAAACAUUUUGCAUCGCUUUUUCUGAGUAUAUACCACGGCUAGGCUAUGACGAGAAAAUCAAGCAAACUGUUCUCAAGAUUAAGCGGAAGACUGAAAUUGCAGUGAUCAUCGUUUGGCUUUCUGGCGGUUACGGAAGUCAAUUUUUCAAGGAAGCAAAUACUCAAAACCUUGAAGAAAAGACUUGGAUACUUAGCGACGCACUGACAGUUGGAGAAGCAGUAUUUCUUGACUCUCCUCUUACAGUACUUAACGGCUCUUUGGGAAUAAAGCCACGUGACUAUCACGUUCCCGAUUUUGAAGAGUACCUCAAGAUGAUUACCCCUGCAAAAAACAUUGAAAGAGGCACAGAUUGGUGGGAAGAGUUCUGGGGAUCACAAUUCAACUGUUCAGCCACGACAUCGAAUGAUUCUGAGAUCACACUUUGCCCGAGAAAUCUGACGUUACACCAUGCAUUACAAAAGAUACGCAGCUCCUUCGUUUCGUAUGUUAUUGAUGCCAUUUAUGCCAUUGCAUAUGCUCUAGAUAGCAUUUACCGCUAUUCUCCUAAUAUACAUGGUUCGGGUGAUAAAAGUACUUGUCCCUCGAUCAAGCCGAAUGUCAGAGGAAGUGAUCUAAAAAAACACCUCAGAAAUAUUAGUUUUGACGGCUUGACUGGCAAAGUGCGAUUUGACAAGUUUGGAGAUCCUUUAAGUGCUUCAUACGACAUCAUAAACUUCCAGCUUGACUCAACCACAGGCAAGGCCCGCCAAAAUAUUUGGAUUGGUGCUUGGAACAAAGACACCACACCAAAACUGAAGAUAAAUAUGUCCAGGUUAUUAUGGAAAAAUUUCUCCACCCCUUUAUCCUUCUGUUCAUCAGAAUGUUUGCCUGGUACCAGGAGAGAAAUCACCUCGCCAUGUUGUUGGGAGUGUAUUAGGUGUCCACAGGGAACUAUCAGUACGAAAAGCGGAUCCACCAACUGUACAAAGUGUGAACCAGAGACAAAAUCAAACGAAAAGCAAAGUAGGUGUGAAAAACUACCAGUCGCUAACAUCACGUACACGACUGCCUCUGGAAUCGCGAUAACAGUGGUGGCUUCGAUUGGUUUUGUUCUCACGUCGCUAGUUUGUGGCAUCUUCAUGAAGUUUUACAACACCCCAAUCGUGAAGGCGUCUAACAGAGAGAUCUCUGUUCUGUUGCUCUUUGGCAUCUCAGCUCACUUUAUAUUAGCAGUCCUCGAUCUUUCUGAUCCAGGCAAUUUACUUUGCAUCGCAACAACUAUCUGGCGCUAUUUUGCUCUCAAUCUUUGUGUCACAGUCCUCUUUUUGAAAAUGAUGCGCCUCACAAGCGUUUUUGAGGUUGACAAAGUCUCUCAGUUGUUCACAGCGUGUUAUAAAACUUUAAAAAGGCAAUUGAUUUUCAUUUCUGUUUUCAAUGUUCUCCCAAUCACUCUGUUAGUUCUAUGGAUGUCAGUCGAUCCCUCUGGGCGUGAACAGAUCAUCCGUUUAGACGAGUACAUAUUUUUUGUGUGCAAACCUUAUCAAACCAACAUCGGCUUUGCGCUUUUCAUUGCCGUUUCUUUUUACAUACUAACUGUGGCUCUCUUCUGUGCUUAUUACGCUUUUAAAGGACGAGGUAUUCCUGAAAACUUCAACGAGGCAAAAUACAUAGGAUUCUCUAUGUACAUUCUAUUGUUGUCAUCAAUAGCAUAUUACCCAAUGGCGUUUAUGUAUGACAGCUGGUAUGUAAUACUCGUGUCUUGUUUAACGACGUUAGUAGCUUCGUUCGGUUUGUUGGGUUGCAUGUUCGGACCCAAAGUUUACAUUCUUCUUUUCCGCCCCGAGCAAAACACCUUGAAGAAUCUCAGGUCUCUAGUGUCAAGUUUCUCGUUUGAAAAAGCACAACGAAUGAGAGCCCUGCCCCUAGCCAUUAAUGCCGACGUGACUUAA